AAAGCUAGUUUCACACUUGGAGUCAAUUUCAACCUCUUAAAACCCAAAUAUAAUCUUGAAACCAAAAUCUACAGAUUUAUCAUCACCAUCAACAAUGGGAAAUUGUCUAAAGCCUUUUAAAGAACAACCUCCUUCAGUUUCUCCCAAGCCUAUCAUCAACCCUCCUCCAAUUUCAGGAGAGGAAAAUUUGAGAGUGUUCAGCUUUGCGGAAUUGAGCAAGUCAACUAAGAAAUUCAAACAAUACAUGGUCAUAAAUAGUGAUAGUAAUGGGUUUGAUCGAACAUUCUACAAAGGAUACAUCAACGAGACCACCUUUGCUCCAUCGAGAACUGGAAUAGCUGUUUCUGUCAUGGAAUGUUCUCAAGAUAAUUCACAGGCUCUACAAGAGUGGACGGAAGAAGUGAAGUCUUUAGGACAGAUUUCUCAUCCCAAUUUAGUCAAACUUUUAGGUUACUGUUGUGAAGAUAACAGAUCCUUCUUGGUUUUCGAAUACUUGCACAAAGGAAGUUUGAACGGUUACAUUUUCGGAAAAGAAGAAGAAGAAGCAUUACCGUGGGAAAUACGGGUUAGGAUAGCCAUUGGAGCAGCACAAGCUCUUGCAUUCCUACAUUCGGUCAAUAACAGCGCGCUAUCUCGAGAACUCAGGAUGUCUAACAUUUUGCUUGACGAGCAAUACAAUGCAAAGUUAUUUUAUCUUGGGUCAAACAAACUAAGUUUGUUAGAUGAAAGUUGCUUGACCCGAUUCAUGGGAAGAACUGAAUACGUACCUCCUGAAUAUGUAAUCUCAGGUCAUUUGGGUACAAAGAGCGAUGUGUAUACAUUUGGUGUGAUCUUGCUUGAGCUUUUAACCGGUUUGAAAGCUUUAGAUGGAGAAAAGAAUCAGAACAAGCAAGGCUUACAUACCUCCACGAAACCUUUCUUGUCCGAUCGAAAUAAAAUCCGGGAAAUAAUCGAUCCACGUCUUGGGAACGAUUAUCCUGUGAAUGCAGCAACACAGAUGGGCAAGCUCAUCAAAAGAUGCAUCAAGCUGGACACUGAGAAACGACCUCUGAUGCAACAAAUUGUGGAUGAUUUGAAUGAUAUUUCAAAGAUUAAAGAUUAAUGCGUAGGGGUAGAGUGAGUUUUGAAAUUGAAUAAGUUUACGGUUAGCUUUGAAAAUAUCACAAAAACAAAGAUUAUUUUAAAAGUUACUUCUAUUGUGUAUAUCUCACCAACUCCCCAACUAAGCUAUAAGUCAAAUAACUUACUAAAAUGGAAUAACCGCGUUUCUGUAAUUGGUUUUUGCUUAAGUCUCAUAUUUUUUUCCUAAAUUUGCCUUAUAUAGUUAUGUGGAUAUAGCCAUAGUAACUAUUGUGGUUGCUUGUUUUUCC